UUUUUCAAAUAGGUAGGUCAAAAAUUUAUGACAGGUGCUAGUAAUACAAGAGCAGUAGAUUCUAGUAUUGUUCCACCUAAUAUAAGACAAUAUUUCACAGAAAAGGAUAAUAAAAUAUAUGUUCAAGGACUUUAUGUAGAUUCUCCUAAUUGCUUACUUAGAGAAACUGCAUAUCGUAUAUUUCUAUAUCCUGAUGAGGAACAAGAAUAUCUGCUACAAGAACUUUUAAAUUCUAGAUAUAUUUUGGCUAAAUUAUGUGGAUUUUCAUCUUAUGCUCAUCGAGCUGUUAAAGGAAGUACCAUAGAAACACCUGAAGUAAUAUAUGAAUUUCUUAAUAUCUUAAAUGAUAAUUUAAAGUCUAAAACAAUGCAAGAUUUUAAUGAAAUGCAAAAGAUGAAAAAUAUUGAAUCACCCAUAAAACAGAAAAUAAUGCCAUGGGAUACAGCUUAUUUUACAGCAAAAGCAAAAAGAAAUUGGUUAAAUAUAUCUAUUACUGAAUUUGCACCUUAUUUUUCACUUGGUGCUUGUAUGGAUGGAAUUAAUAUAUUAAUACAAGCAUUAUAUGGUAUCCGAUUGGAAUAUGUACCAGUUUUACCUGGUGAAGUUUGGGCAAAUAAUGUACAUAAAAUUGCUGUAAUAGAUGAAAAUGAAGCAGUUUUAGGUUAUAUAUAUUGUGAUUUUUUUGAAAGAGAAGGAAAACCUAAUCAAGAUUGUCAUUUUACUAUUAGAGGUGGAAGGCAAUUAUCUGAUGGAUCUUAUCAAAAUCCUAUAGUAGUAUUAAUGUUAUCAUUACCAGUUCCAACAUGGUCCAAGCCAUGUUUACUUAGUCCUUCUUCUGUAGAAAACUUAUUCCAUGAAAUGGGUCAUGCAUUACAUUCUAUGCUAGGUAGAACAAAAUAUCAGCAUGUAACAGGAACUAGAUGCAGUACAGAUUUUGCAGAAGUUCCAAGUGUUUUAAUGGAAUAUUUUGCAAGUGAUCCAAGAGUUGUAUCCACAUUUGCUAGACAUUUUCAAACUUUUGAACAAAUACCAAUAGCAUUAUUAGAUAAAUUAUAUGCUUCAAAAAAUAUAUUUUGUGCUUCUGAAUUACAAAAUCAGAUAUAUUAUAGUAUGUUAGAUCAAGUUUAUCAUAGUGGGCAAUUAGAAAAGUCAUCAACUGAAAUUUUGAAAGAAAUACAAGGAAAAUACUAUGAACUUCCUUAUGUUGAAAAUACUGCAUGGCAAUUAAGAUUUUCUCAUUUAGUUGGAUAUGGUGCGAAAUAUUAUUCUUAUUUAGUAUCUCGAGCAAUUGCUUCUUGGAUAUGGCAAACAUAUUUUCAAGGAGAUCCUUUCAAUCGAACAGCAGGCAAUCGAUAUUGGAAAGAAUGCUUAGCACACGGAGGUGGAAAGCUCCCUUCUAAAUUAGUAUCUGAUUUUUUAAAUAAACAGGCUAAUGCUAGUAAUCUUGCAAAAUCUUUACUUUAUGAAAUUGAUAUAAAAACCAAACAUGUAGAAAAAUUAAGAGGAUAAGAAAACCGCUAAAAAAGAUUAUAUAUUUAAAAAAAUAUCUUUUUAAAGAUAUGAAAUAUUUAUAAAAUUUUCUUGUAUAUAAUUUUUUUAACAAAAUAUUCAUGAUGAUUUAUAAUACGUUUAAAAUAAGUAUUAUAUAAAUACAUCAUUAUUUCAAUUAUAAUUGUAAAAACAAAUAAUUUUAUAAUUUAAUAUUUUAUCUUGUAAAUAAAAUGUAAAUAUCAUGCACAAA